CGCAAUUCGUGACCUAGCUUCGCAGCUGGCUGGUAAGCUCAAUUUUCAACAGACUGUCCCCUACUUCUCUCUAUCCACGGGCUGCUUGCUGGCGGUUCACGUUCACCUGCGAUUACUCUCUGACUCUGAACCUUUCUGUUAUGCGUGAUCAGUGCUGACCGUAUACUAAGGCAUGUUGUUGAAUGAAGGCCCCCCAGCGAAUUCUCUGAGAAUUCCUGCUGCUCCCGCCUUCAUCCCAUCGCAAGCGUCAAAACCUCGCAUCCGGAUAUGCUCCAAGUGCGGUUUCGUUUUGCCACAAGAUUUUCCAUGGAUAGUAUGUGAUGACUGCCAGUUUCGGGUCAGAGCGGUCAUGCCUUCGCCAGGAGAGACUCUCCUGGCGAGCCAAGACCCGGCGAGGCAUGGGCAAUCUGGACGACUCUUUUCGACAUGCGUUGCGUGCCAAAUUGUCAUUGAAGUACCAAAAACCACCACAACCUCUUACACACUCUGUCCUGCAUGUCGAACGCGGCAAGAGGGCAUCAAACUAAAGCCCACAAGGCGUAUCGAUCCAAUUUCCAACACUGUGCACCCACCACCUCCACCAAAUUUAAUCACAUUCCCUAUCAUCGAACCACCCCGCGACCCACCCCGCCCUUGCUUCUUCAGCUCCCGCGGAGAAAUCGUCGCCCCUUCCCCCGCCCCUGUGCCUGUCGUUGUGCCGCCCGUGAUGUCCACGGCACUUGUCCGUGUGUGUAUGCGCUUCGGUUGUGGUGUGCAGCUAGCGCCCGACCAGCUUUUCAACUUUUGCGAGGCAUGUUUGCGGUUGGGGUUUGGCCGUGGCAUGCCUGCGCCCCCACCUCCUCCCCAGCGCCUUCCGAAGCGCAUGAGGAGGGAUGAAUUUCCCUCGGGGGUGCUCAUCUCGAAAGUCAAGCGGGAUGUAGAUGCUGCGCAGAGGGCUGAGGCUCCUAUGCAGCACCCACCGGAAGAGUCUGCGGACACUGACGAUGAUUUGGACCUUGAAUUGAUGUACCCUGAGGAUGAGGAGCUUGCAGCACGAAGUUCUGUCGACUCGGCGGCAAAAACGGUCGGUGAUCCUGUCUCACCUCCAGAGGCUGUCUUGGAACGUGGACGUUUGUUACUUUUACCCCUGGCUCACAGCCCCCCCACCCGCUCUCCAAGCCCUCAGCCAGUCACACGCACGUGUGAAACGCUCGGGUGCGGAGGAACCGUGUCACCGUCAGCUACAUGGCAAAGGUGCUAUCACUGCACCUUGCAGCGUUGGAAAGAGCGCCAGCGGGCUGCUAUUGCUGUAAGUGCAGUUAUGGAACCCGCCUCGCCGGUGGUCGGUAAAUAUGAGGUUGCCUCGAAUUCUGGCGAGGUCAUGGGUGGUGGUGGGCCUGCGUCACUCAAUACACUAGAAGCAACCCUAGUGGAUCGAGUUGCGACGAGCAACGAGCCAGGAGCAUUAUCUUUACAUUCACAGGAAGCAGUCCUUAAUGCCGUAGACACACUACCAUUGUUGGAGCUUCCUGAUGGACGGGUUGACGUUGAUACCGCGGUAGCCGCAAGAACUUCUAGUACACUCAAUACUGAGUGCGGUAGAGACGCCACCGCGGAACCUGAAACCAUCAAGAUUUCCAUCUCCGGAUGGGACAGCGACUUGACGAACCUUUCUUCGGAAGACGAAGAAGUCGAGUCCGACUCUGAUGCCGAAGACUCCUCCGUGUUCAAGAUUCGCAUACCUGUGCUCGCGUCUCGACUUCCUGUCGGCGCCAAUGCGCGCGUGUGCGCCAUCAAGCGGUGCAACAUUGUAUUGCGUCCGGAUCAGCGCUACAAGAUCUGUGAUUCGUGUCGGAGAUACCAACGGGAGUACCAGAGGAUUCGUGCGGAAAGAGCACGCCGUCGUAUGGAGGAGUUUUCUCAGAUAGCUCAUGGGUCUACUCUCGUUCGUAAGCCUCCUGCACCUCCAUCUGGGUCAGAGAUACCUCUUCUGGAGGCACAAAAUGACGAGGCAACCACAGCGGAAGGCUUGCGCAUCUGCGCUGUUCCUCGCUGCCGCGCAAGACUACAGCCUGUGAGCAAAUACCGUUGGAAAUGCUGCGGAGCUUGCCGCGCGCAUGCUCGUGACACCGCAAGACGGUCGUCCGUUGGAGACAUCCUGGACUUGGAAGAUCCAGUGGAGCAGACUUCAUCAUCGGCAGUCUCACCCUUUCCCACCUUUCAAAACCGCAGCGUGCUGUUAUCGGAGUUUAGCGCGAUGCUGGGGCGGUUCAUGGAAGCCCAGAUCUUGUACUUACGCGUGAAGCUUCAGACAGCAGGCGAGAAAGCGCUGUCGAGGCUUGAUCCCGUAUUGUUUGCAUUUGAUGGUGAAUAUUCGACGGUGACCGGGCAGCGGGGAGACCAGGCCAAUAGCCAGGGUAAAUGUGGCCCUGAGCACAGUCAGGAGGCGGAGAUGCAAAAAGACGCUGCAUUGGUUGUCAAGGAGCUUGAUAGUACUCUCCUCACUGAAUUCAAGCCAACGGAAGGUUUUAUAAUCAAGUCUGGAGGGGUUAUCAUGCGAUAUAAAUGUGCCCUAGAGCUGAUUGUCCCCCUCCGUCCUUUACCGAACUCGACGGAUAAUGGCGCUCCUACGCCCUCAGAAGGCGACACUUCAUCAUCGCAUGUCCCAUAUAUGAAACCGGUGUUUGGGGAGCUGGAGGUCGCAAUUAUUCCUGACGACUCGCACAGGUCUCUACUAGGUCGACGGACGAUUAUCCGAUUCCGCAUGCUUGGCUAGCUAGGGCAGCCUUCGUUCGGAGCCUCUUUUACGAUACUUACCUUACAGCUAAUUUGCAUUACGUUGCUUAUAUUUUAGAGAUAUCAUCCGAUCAUUCGUUGAUGUAGUUAUUAUCGCUGUCGAGGUGUUCUGUAAAGAAAAUCGACACUAGUACCGAUACCGGUGGUAUACUCAAUUAUCGAUAGCUGAAGUUAUUAUGAAGCUCUUGUUAGUAAAACUCU